CUAGUUCGCAUUUAUGUCAUAACAAUAAGCCGAAUCGAAACCAGGGUCAACAAAACGCCGGCGUUAUCAAUUAAAAGACGCUCCAAUUAGCCACACACUGCUCGCUGCCUCUGCCGCCACUUCAGCCACUUUCACCCGCCAGCCCAGUUCCAGGCAGACAGGAUGUCGACCCGUCGCCAGGCGAUCACGCUGUACAGAAACCUCCUGCGCGAGUCGGCCAAGCUGCCCUCGUACAACUUCAGGAUGUAUGCUGCCCGCAAAAUACGCGACACAUUCCGCGCCAACAGGACCAUCCGGGACUAUGAGGAGAUCGAUCGACAAAUGGUAGCGGGCCAGCAGAAUCUGGAGCUGAUACGCCGCCAGGUGAUCAUCGGUCAUUUGUACACUACCGACAAGCUGGUCAUAGAGAACAAGAAGACCCUGAAGCCCUCCGAUGACUGAGGCGAACGGGUGCCAGCAAGGCGGUAGCUGAAGAGAGUACAAUGGCAGGAAGGGAUGUGGAGGAGGAGGAGCAGCAGCAGCAGCGAAGACACACAACUCGAAAGACUCGACCCACACAUACCACACUCACACACAUUGUUGAUUUUAGUACAGUAUGUUGAAUCCAUCAAAAACCAAGGAAACUAAUUCAUUUGCUAGCAAAAAAAACACCAAUUUAAUGUUAUGUUUAACAACAAUUAUGAAAUUAUAUAUAUACAAUACAAUAUA